AGGAAUUGGGUGUGUCUCCACCAAAGCCGCCACUCAGCUGCUACUGUCUAUUUGGAAGCAGUCAAAGCAGAGUGCCUCUUUCCAAAGCCAGCCACUCUUCCUUGCUCUUUCUUUACCCUCUGGGGACCACCAUGCCCCGUUCUACUUUGCCCGAGCUCCUGCUACUUUCGCUGCUCCUGUGCCACUGGUCCCAUCGUUUGACAGGGGCAGACGAUGUCACUAGCACCAAUGAGUGCGGCCAGUGCAUCCCCGAGAGCUGCGAGCCGGUGCGAUGCAAGGCUCGAGAGCUCUCGGUACGGGACGACUGUGGAUGCUGUGAGCAGUGCUUGGGCACCGAGGGCGAGCUGUGCGGGGGCAGAGGUGGCGUGGGCAGGAGGCGCCAAGUCCGUUGCGGCCCGGGACUAGUCUGCGUGAGCCAGUCUCGGGAAGUGCUGGGAGCUGCCGCGUCCCAGGAGCAGCUACCCGAGGAGUUGGAGGGCACAGGGCUGUGUGUGUGCAAGGAGGACGGCGCCGUGUGCGGCUCGGACGGGCGUUCCUACCAGAGCGUGUGCGCCCUACACCUGCACAGCUGGAUCUCGGUGAGGGCUGGCAAUGAGCGCGUCCACAAAGCUCACGACGGCGAAUGCAAGUUGGCGCCUGUGAUUGUUAUGCCACCUAAAAAGAUUCACAAUGUAACCGGGGCCCAAGUCUACCUGUCCUGUGAAGUGAAGGCUGUUCCAACACCAGUCAUUACCUGGAGGAAGAUCACAGAGUCUCCCAAAGGGGUCAAGUUGUUGGAGGAGUUGCCUGGAGACCGAGUUAAUAUGGCUGUCCAGGUUCGUGGUGGUCCAUCCAAACAUGAAAGUACAGGUUGGGUUUUGAUAAACCCCCUGACAAAGGAGGAUGAAGGGGUAUACCAGUGCCAUGCCACUAACAUGGUGGGGGAGACACAAUCCUAUGGUACAAUAAAGGUCACAGAUCUGAAUAAGUACAAAAAAAUGAACUUCAUAGCUCCAGAUGAUGACAUGUAAUGAGGGUGCCAGGGAAGCUGAUCACAAAAUGGAGAAGAAUCAAUUAGUGGAUUGUUUUGUUUUAUUGUGCAGCAUGAGCUAGAAAACACUGAGCCAUUUUUUAUAUGCUUUUCAAUUUAGAUUAAAAAGUAGAACAAAAAAGAUACAGAUAUAAUUUUUAGCUGGGAAGUAAUGAACAAGGAAAACAAAUCAAAACAAAAUCACAGGCAGCUUUUGAGAAAUGACUUUCUGUAUAUAACUUGUGGGUUUUUUUUUUUUAAGCUGAUGUCUCCCAAGGGAAAUCUCUCCCUCGUGUACAUGUAUGCUUAGAAGUGGAAGUAUUCACACUCCUGCUUCUUAAUUUAUUCCAACUGCAUAAUGAUUGUUUAGAUGAUGUGUCCUUACCUCUCAGGUGACCUUGUAAGAGGGAAAAUUUCUUUUUAAAAAUUAUACUGCUUCAGGGGAGAGUAUAAAGUAUUGAAUAAUAAAAGGUCCCCUUAUUGUUUUGCAUUCUACUCUGAAGCAUAUAAAAUUCUAUCAACUGAUGGUUAAUGAAACUUAGAAGGUACUUGCCACAGGUUCACGUUAGGCAAUCAAGAUGCUAAUUUUUUGUAACACAGGUUUCUAUCUGGGGAGCAUAUCUAUACAUUGUUUGGUGAACAUUGUGUUAGAAUUACAAUGUCAGAUGCUAACUGCAUCUAGUUGGAUAUGAAAAUAGAAAUGUUGUAAUAGUAUAGAUUUUACUUUUGAAUAUUUCUACCUUGUCAAUGAAUAUAGUGGGAUACUUUUUUUUUUUUUUUAAAUAUUGCAGAUCUGAGCUAUAUAAUACGAUCCUGGAUGUCUAAAGCUCUUAUUGUUCUAGUCAUGUCUGACUCUGUGAUUUCAUGGAGUUAUCUAUGGAGUUUUCUUGGCAAAGACAUUAAGUAGUUUGCCCUUUCCUACUUCAGUGUGUCCCCAUUUUACAGUUGAGGAACUGAGACAAAUAAGGGUCACACAGCUAUUAAGUGUCUGAGAUUGGAUUUGAAUUCUUCUUUCUGAUUCCAAGCCCAGUGUAAUCUAGCUGCCUGUCUAAAACUCUAAAGACUCAUAAUAAAAAUUCAUAACACUUUCACUUAGAUCUAUGAUGUCAGCAGCACAAACAUUUUUAUCCCCAUUUUAUAGAUGGGAAAACUGAGGCUCAGCAUGAGAAAGUUAAUUGCAGCUAGUAGGUGUCAGAGAGAAGAUUUUAAACUCUGGUCUCUGGACUCUCAAAUAUGGUACUCCUCCCUGAUAGAAAGUAUCCUACUCCCCUGGUUAAAGAUAAAUAAACUACAUUUCAAAUUUGGAGAUUGUUUUUAGACCCUAAUCUGAUAUUUUAAAACCAAAAUCUGAUCUGGGACAAAUCAUGAUAGAUUAAGGCCAUGGAUAUUACUUUUCUUUGUAAUGAAUUUUAUGAGUACAUUCUGAUUAAGGACCUUCUGCAGGAAGAGUCAUUAGUGCUUUCUAGGUGACUCCUGACACUGCAUCACUGCAGCAGCAUCUGACAGCACUGUGGUCCACCACCUUGACCUUGACAGGUAGGGCGAUUAGCUCCUCAUCUGUCUUCUGGAGCCAAAAUUGGUCUCUUAACUCCAUCUUCAAUAAUACAUUUGAAGCCUUGAUUGAAAAUACAGAAUAGACCACAAGAUCUUCCAUUUAUCGAUUUGGUGGGGGCUGAGGGUUGGAAAGGGCAAUAUCAGCAUCUUUUUUUUAAUAUGCAAAAAUUCAGUUAAUGCUAUCAAGUCUUAGUCUUCAAGAUCAAAACUAUUUUUCAGUCAUUUUGAUAAUACUGGAAGUUCCAACUGCUUUUUAUCUUUCUGAAGGAUAUCUGUAGCCAUUUCUGGAAUUUUCACAUCCCAAAAAUGUAGUAAUUUUUUUUUAGAUAUCUUUUUCUUCCCUCAUGCUUACACUGUGACAUCCUAAAAAUUUCCUCAACUGAGGAGUCUAAAACCAAGAUUUUGUGAUGUGGUUGCUGUUGUGAUUUGGGGGGAAGCUGUUUUCUAAUCCUAAAUUUUUACUAGUUUAUUUUCAUAAGAUACUGUGAUGUCACAUAGUUCUGUACAUUGAAAAUAAACUAUUUUGAAAUUGUG